GUACUACGGCUCCGGCAUCGUGAUCCCUGAGAACAUCAAGGGCUGCCGUGUCCUUGACAUUGGUUGUGGGUCUGGCAGCCUCGUUUUCAUCCUCUCCAAACUGGUGGGGCCCACGGGCUACGUGGUCGGGGUGGACAUCUCAAGCGGACUGAUCGAGUGCUGUAAACAAGAGACAGAGUUCCACACCAAAGCGUGGGGCUAUGACAAGCCUAACGUGGAGUUUCAUGUGGGGAACGCUGAGAGACUUCUGGACCUCAAACUGGGGGAGUUUGACAUGAUUGUCUCUGGGAACAGGAGGCGCCAUGAUCUGGAGUGACCUCAAGGCCUUCAGUGCACGUGAAGGGUUCACGACCCCUUUCCUCACGCAGGCAGCCCCCGUAGACAUCAAGAACGCAGAGUACAGACAGCAGCUCAGUAACGCAGAGUACAUGUGUGCUGCGUGGAGACUCUUCAAGCUCCCGGCCGGUGCCAGCAGAGGGCCAGCAACUGUCACCUACUUGGGAAACAUUGAGGACUACAGUGAUGCCUUCCCUUGGGACUUUGACCUAGUUUUCAAGAAAGGAGAGGCCGUGAAUGUGGACGCUGACCUGGCCACCAUUCUCUCCUCCACAAACUUCAAGAAUAACUUCUCCUUUGCAGACUUUUCUGGAAGCGUCUCAAACAACAGGGACCAAGAUCCUUUCCAGCGCUACAAAGACCUUCAGAGCCAAGGCAACGCCCCAGCACCAAUCUACGCUGUGGAGUGAAGUACAAUUCUAUUCAACAACAGUCGCAGAAAUGAGAUGAGAUGAGAAAUAAAAUAAAUCAAAUCACUAUUCAGUAUGCUUAGUAUGGGUCAGUCAUAUUUUGUCACCUCAACACCCGAGUGUAGACACAAAUAUACUGCAUUCCUUUAUUAUUUUACUCUGUAUUAUAUACAUAAUAUAUAUUUGCAAAUUCAAGUAAAUCCUACAAUCUCUUAGAACUUCCACAAAUAAAUACGACUUCAGUAUUUGAAUGUAAUUAUC